AUGGCCAUAAUAUUGAUGAUGAACAAACAAUAAAAACAAUGGAUAAUGGGACAUUUUUAUCCAAUAAAAAUGAUUUACAAAAUCAAACAUAUCCAACAAAUAUGAUGGUAAUUAUCGGUGCUAAUACAUUACAUCCACAAACAUUACCGGUUAUUCAUGAUGAUAAUAAACAUCUACAAGAAGAAGGUGUCCAUCUGAAAAUAAUCGAAGAACCAAUCAAUCGUAUACGUUAUCGUUAUCGUAGUGAAAAAGGUUCACACGGUGGACUAAACGGUGUGAAUAGUUGUCCAAUACGUAAAACUUAUCCCACCGUAAAGAUUGAAAAUUAUCAUCAUUCAAAUCCCGUUUAUAUUCGUGCAAGUUUAGCUACCAAUGAAAUACAACCAAAAUUACAUGUUCAUAAAUUAAUGGGACGACAUUGUAGUGUUGAUGGUUUUUGUACAUUACCGGUUAAUUUGGAUACUAUGACAGCAAUAUUUCAGAAUUUAGGCAUUUUAUUUAUUGGUAAAAAAGAAGUGCAAGAAAUUCUUUAUAAACGUAAAUCAUUACAAAUAUCGAAUUGUCGUGCAGGUGGUGAAUCGAAACAAUUUUAUCAAGUUGAUCAACAAUUACGACAACAUUUUCAAUUAGAAGCAGAAAAAGAAUCAAAAGAUAUGAAUCUAAAUUCGGUUCGAAUUUGUUUUGAAGCUUUUAUGUUAUGCGAACAACAACAACAACCGGAUAGUGAAACAAAACAAUUUGUUUUACGAUCAUUAUGUCCACCAGUCUAUUCAAAACCAAUAGCUAAUCAAAAAUCACCUGAUUCUGGUGAAUUAAGAAUUGUACGUAUAAAUCAAUUCUAUGGAUCUGUAAUCGGUGGUGAUGAAAUCUAUUUACUUUGUGAAAAAGUAAAUAAAAAAGAAAUUCGUAUAAGAUUUUUUGAAAUUGAUAAUGAUGGUAAUCAACAAUGGGAAGCAUUUGGACAAUUCAAUGAAACGGAUGUUCAUCAUCAAGUGGCCAUUGUUUUUCGUACACCACCAUAUCGAAAUUCGGAAAUAAAAAAACCUGUACAUGUUUAUCUACAAUUAUUUCGACAACGUGAUGGUGAAUCAAGUGAACCACGAACAUUUAUCUAUAAACCACAAAAUGAAUCAAUAGUAAAUAAUUCGAUUGAUUUUCUUGAUCAUGAUCUAAUUAAACAAAUUAAAAUGGAAAAUCAAUCGGGCAAACGUCGUAAAUAUAGUCUAAAUAUUAUUAAUCAACAACAACCAAAUAAGAAUCGAAAACAACAAAAUAAAAAUCUUAAUGAUAAACAACAAGUGAUCAAGGUGAAAAAAGAAGAAUUGGAUACUAAUGAUCAAGAAAAUUUUAAUGAUAAUCAAAACAUGACAAUGUCUACAGAUAAUUAUACCAUUCAUCAUCAUCAAUUACCAUUACAGCAGCAACAACAACAACAACAACAACAGCUUCCACCAAUAAUCAAUCACAAUAUCGAUCAUUAUACAACAAUCAAUCAUCAAUGUGAAACAAAUUGUAAUGAACAUCAUAUUGUAUCCGAUAUGAAUUGUCAUCAUAAUCAUUUAAUAAAUGAUUAUUGUCAAUCGAUACCACAAUCACAAUUGCAACAACAACCACCACCACCACCAUUAACAUUACAUCCGAUUGACGUAUUACAGCCACAAAUAAUUGAUUUUGAUCAUCAUAAUCAUCAACAACAACAUUAUCAUCAACAAACUGAUCAUCAUCCUAUGACAUCUAUUCAUUGGACAGCUCAACCAUCAUCAUCUAUAUCAUCAUCAGAUUAUACAGCAGAUACAAUCAAUGGACAUCAAAAUUCAAAUCAAACAAUGGAAUCGAUUAUCUUAACAAAUUAUCCUAAUCAUAAUUGCCAUAUGAAUACAAAUACCUCAAUUAAUGAACAUUCAAAUCGAAUGUCGAAUAGAUUCGAAUGUUCGACCUAUUAUUCCCAUUAUACAUCAUCAUCAUUAUCGUCAUCUUCUUCGUCAUCAUCAUCAUCGUCAUCUUUAUCGACAUCGGCGUUAAUAUAGCCGCCGAAUGUUAGA